AUGAGUGGCAUGUAUGAAAACAACGGUCGUAGCGUCUCCCCGUCAUCAUCAGGCAACAACAGCUUGCAUCACAACAAUAACAGUUCCACGUCGCAGAACACCGCCUCUAGAAAUCAACAGUGGUUGGACGAAACGGUGCAGCAGCGACGGGUAAAAUUCAUACCCUACGAGGAAUUCGAGGAUGAACGGAUGGAAGAAAGAGGUGACAAGGAACACGGGUCCGGGGGAAUCAACAAUACAAUAAAGACGAUGAAUUGGAAGAAGAUGAGAAAGCGAGUGGUCGUGAAAGAGCUGGAGAACGUGAGCGAUCUGUCAGACGAGACGCGAGAGGCAUUUGUCACCGAGUUAAAAUUACACUUGCAAGUGGAAUCUGACGAAAAGAUCAUAAGGAUUUCCGGUCUCAGUCAAGGUGAGUGGUCACGUGUUGACUUCCCGUCUUCGAUUUGGAGCGCCGAUAGUCAGAAAUCGGGAACGCAAGGUAUUGGUGAAGAGUUCACCGAAAGGGCUGUCGGUGGAAAGGCCAAAAGCAUACGCAGCAUGCAGAGUAUGAACUCCCGGGAGAAGGCCGAGGAAUUGACGAAUCGGAUUAUCAGAGGUGUACGUGAACAGGCGGUAAAGGACACGCCGAACGUGUACUAUGGAUUGUACAACAAAUGUUGGCAGAGUAGCCCAACGGCGAGACCAACGAGUCAGGAGGUGGUCAGAGAGUUGAGGAGGUUGUCGGAAGGUGGACUGACGUCGAUCGGGAGUAGGGGGGUGGAAGAUGUUUGGGUUACGGGUGGUGAAGGUAGAGUGGGAGAGGAGAGGUUUACGGGGUCACAAAAGAAGUCGCGAAUUUCGGAAAUAGCAGAUUUGGCGGAGCUUCGCAAAGAUGCUUUGGCUGCCGAGUUGUGGUUGCAUUAUCAAGAGAUCGCCGAGAAAUCCGGGAAAAGUUUUAGCGUGGGUGACUUUGAAUUUCACG